UCGCAACUGUAACUAUCGCGCUUGAGAAUCCACUAAUCUUUGUUCGUUUUCGAAUUUCGAAUCGACAAAAACAAAACCCGAUAAAAUCUUCGUUUUUUUAAUCGAUUUCCGUAAAUCCGAGUUGCCGUUUCUCACCAGAUAUCGUUCCGAUUCGGUAUCCGUUUCGAUUCUCUCUCUCUCUAUAAAAGUCCUAGGGAGACCAAAGUUCCCUACUUUGAAUGAAGAGAGCCGCAUUUCGCUCCUCUUUCAGACGACAGAUCCUCUCUACCAUGCCCGAAAACCAUGAAACCGUGUCGGAUUCAGGCAAUCUUCGCCGGAUUCUGACGAUUCUGCUCUUCCUCGCUGCCGUUGCUUUUCCUUGCGUUGUCCUCUACCGCGUUGCGCACCCAAUCGAUUACCUGUCUCGGGCCGACAGCAUUUCUUCGGAGAGUCGCGAUCCGUUGAGCGUAAUCGCCGAUUUUCUAGCAAUGGGAGGCGACGGCGAGUCGGAUAGUGAGGAUGUCAGGCUGAAGAGAAUCUUGAAGGAAGCAGCCAUGGAAGACGGAACAGUUAUAUUGACUACUUUGAAUGAAGCAUGGGCAGCAACAGAUUCGAUUAUUGACCUCUUUCUAGAAAGUUUCCGAAUUGGCUAUCACACACGCAGACUUUUGAACCAUUUGGUGGUUGUUACUUUGGAUCCAAAGGCAUAUGCUCGAUGCUUGUCUAUACAUAGCUAUUGUUUUGCUCUUACCACCAAAGGUGUCGAUUUCUCUGGAGAGAAGUACUUCAUGACCCCUGAUUAUUUGACAAUGAUGUGGAGAAGAAUAGAUUUUCUACGGUCUGUUCUUGAAAUGGGAUUCAAUUUCAUUUUCACGGAUGCUGAUAUCAUGUGGUUUCGGGAUCCAUUUCCCCGCUUUUAUGCGGAUGCAGAUUUCCAGAUAGCAUGUGAUCACUUCUCCGGUGACCCUGCUAGUAGACAAAAUAGGCCCAAUGGAGGAUUUAACUAUGUAAAGUCCAAUAAUCAAACCAUACAGUUCUACAAGUUUUGGUAUGAAUCGAGGGAGGCCCAUCCUGGGUUGCACGAUCAGGAUGUGCUGAACGUUAUUAAAUUUGAUCCAUUCAUCAGCGAAAUAGGACUGGAAAUAAAAUUUCUGGAUACUGCUUUCUUUGGUGGGCUUUGUGAGCCAAGCAGAGAUUUGAAUAAAGUCUGUACAAUGCAUGCAAACUGUUGUUACGGUCUUGAUAGCAAACUUCACGAUCUGAGAAUUAUGCUCGAGGAUUGGAGAAGGUUUAUGUCAUUGUCACCAAGUCUAAAAUUAUCGCCGCUAUCAUCUUGGAGGGUGCCGCAAAAUUGCAGAUUGUUUCAAAUUAAGUAGAUUUCCAGGCUAAAAUGAAUGAGAAGGGUCUGAUCACACUGAACCUGCUGCAAAGAUGAUGGGGUCUGGUUCAAGUUUUAAAACGUAGGUGUAACCAAGGUUAUUCUUUAGGACCACAAGCAGUAGGUUAGGGCCUGCCAAAUGGAUGAUGCAGGUUGAUGAUCAGGCGGUCAUGAUUUUCUGCAAAUGAUCUUGAGCAUCAAUUUUGCAUGCCACUGAAUGAAUGGUUAGGCAAUUCAACUGUUGUUAGUUUUUCUUUGAAGGAUGGUUGAAGAAGAGUGGACUGAGCAUAUGGGCAGUUGAGAUCAAUGAUAUGGACCACCCACAUGUCCAAAAUGCGAAUGUACCGGAGCUUUUCCAUGCACCGGAUCAUUUCUAUUUGAUAUGGCAUAGCUCAUUCUAUUCUACUGUUUUUCAGGAUGUUUUGGCAAAAGUUUUGUAUUUAGUGUGCCUCUUAAUACUUUCUGUUGUGGUCGUUUUCU